AUGUGCUUGCACCCAAGCGCUGGCGUCGAUCUUCUCGGGAGAUCCACGCCCGGUGGUGCUUUUCCAGUUCUGAACACGAAUUACCCGCAGACUCGCAAGAGGUCGGGGCGUUCCCCCGGCAUGACAAUUGGGCGCCACGUCGACGAGGUCGUCGUGAAGAGAGCUCGGAGCCUGGCGCGUGGCAUGGUGGCCGAGCGCAUGGAGCCGCGGGCCAUCGAAAGGGCCACCGAAAGGGCCGAAGGUUGGCAACGUUUACGUCUUUUACGGAGGCCGCAUUCCUCCAGCGGUGAGGCCCAACGAGCUGCAUGA